CCAAGGAAAGGACUCUGCUGCGUGCUCUGCUGAGCUCUGGUGCUGUCCAGGGCAGCCCUGCAGUGGGUGCCAGCCCUGCAGUGUGCACAGGGAUCCAGGCCGCUUCCCAGCCGCAGCUCUCCAGCUCUGUAAGGGAGAUCCUGGCAGAGAUGGACUCACCUUGUACAAGGGCCAGCCCGAGAUGCUGGAGGGGAAAGUGCAGCACAACUCGGAGUCAGAGUACCUGGCCAGAGAUGGUCCUUCAAGCAACAGCUCCUUCUACAGCAGCGAAGGAGAGGGGACAGACCACGAGGGAGAUAUUCUGGAUUGCAGCGGCUCCAGGCCUUUACUGAUGGAUUCAGAAGAGGAGGAGGAGACGUGCAAGUUGUGCCCGGGGUUCCUGCAGCCUGUGGCCAGGCACGAGGCCUCCAAGGAGGAUCCCCAGUCCCAGGCCAGAGCGGGGGAGCCGCUGUUCCCGGCCUUCCAGUCGCACAGCGGGGAGGUUUUCAACGAACCCGAUGUGUUUGCCACGGCUCCUUUCCGCAGCUCCAGGAAGGUCCCCGAUGAAGUGGAUGUCUUUACCAAAGCUCCUUUUAUCUGUAAGGGCAGCGCAGCUCUACGGCACCCAGAGGAAGCAGACGUGUUUCUGAGAGCCCCUUUCACUAAGAAGAAGAGCGUGGAAGAGCUGCCUUCCCACAAGGAGCCGUUCACGCCGCCCGUGUUCCUGAGCCAGGGGGGCGACGGCCGAGCUCAGCCCCUGUUCCUGGAUCCAGCGGCCUCGGUGAGAGCUCCACAUGCUCCUGCUGCCUUUGCUCAGCCAGGCAGCCUGCAGCCCUGCUCGGUCAGAGCCGUGGAGGCCCAGGAGAGCAGCCCUGCUAAGGCAGCGCUGCCGGAGCAGGGCGACGCGCUGGGCUCCGUGGCCAGCAAGCCCUUCCGUCCGCAGUCCCUGGCCAAGUAUUCCCGGCACUACAGCCCCGAGGAUGGGCCGGGGCUGGAGGCCAAGCCCAUAGCUGCUUACAAGGUGGUGUCUCAGGCCAACAGGCAGGCCAUAGCGGGCUCUGUGUCCCUUGUCCCACUGUCUGCCAGGACUACGGAGCUGCCCGCCGCGGAUCCCUUCGCCUCGGCGCCCUUCCCUUCCAAAGCAGCAAAGCAGAAGCCUUAAUGUUGCAGGAGCUCGGGCUGUGCUGCCUGCAGGAGCACCCCGUGAGGACCUCAGACCUCUUAGCUGAACUGAAUGACAUAGCAAUAUAUACAUAUAUAUAUAUAAAGUAAUUAUUAUUUUUGGUCAGAACUCUAUUUGCAGUGAUAUAUAGUUGAACCGUUUAAGUUAUGUUUGUCUGAAUGCCUGCCUCUCAGGAUCCUCGUAUCCUUUCCAGUUGCUUCUCACCUUCCUCCUCUCACUGUCUUCCCUCCAUUUAUUUCUUUUUUUUUUAGAUGCUUUUCUCAAACCAGCAGUAUUCCAUAUUUUCUGGUCCUGGGUGGAGAAAUGCACUACAAGAUGAAUUAAAAGGUUUAUUAAUUACAGAGCGAGUCAAGCAGGACUUGCUAAUGCUCUGAAAGGACACGAUUUCACAGGUGAAAGGGUUAUUGUGACUUUUGCUCUCAGUGAUGUUCCUGCUGCCCUGGCAGCCACAGCUCUGGGUGUGCAGGUGGGUGCUGUGCCCGCAGAGCCAGAGCCGUGCUGGGAUGUCUGGUGCCAGUCUGGGCAGUGCUGGCAAAGCAGAGCCAGGGCAGCAGCACAGCUUUGCUCUCCCCCAGGGGAACACGAGGCAGUGCUGCUGCCCCAGGGCUGCAGGCAGGGAAGGUGGUGUGAAGCAAUCAGGCUGUUACUGUUGCUGGAAAAUCAAACGGUCGUGCAAACAAUCAGGAAAAGCUUUCACUUUUACACAUGUGUUUCCUGUCUGGUCUAUGCCAAAGUGUAGCACCUGGAAAUCUGCUUAUGGUGAAGGAGAAAUGUGUAUUUACAGUAUUAAAAGCAGACCUUGCGGGGUCAUUUGUGAUGUGA